AUGAGCAAGAAAUUCAAAUCCCAGGCCUCCAGUAGUCGAGCUGCUGCUGGCGGAUUUACCAAUACGUUUGGAGGAUUCUCAAGCGGCUCAUCGUCACUAGGAACUGCACCCUCGUCGCUGUCAUAUGCGGCCGAACCUCCGGAUCUGUCUCGCAUCUCAGAUCCGAAUCUGGUGGUGGCGUUCAAGAAUCUGACCAAGAAGGAUGACAUUACCAAAACCAAGGCGUUGGAGGACAUCAAAGACGCGGUUUUGAAACUUGGUAACCGUAGCGAUGAACUCGAAGAAGGAUUCUUAGAGGCUUGGACUAAAGUAUAUCCACGCAACUCAAUAGAGAAUGCUCGCAGAGUGAGGCAACUUGCUCACACAAUCCAAGGGUUGAUCGCCUCGCUUGCUGGUAAGCGAGUGGCUCGUCAUCUUCCCAAGGUAGUCGGUGCUUGGCUCGCAGGGCUGUAUGACAACGACAGACAUGUCUCACGUUCAGUAGUGGAGUCGAUAUCACAGAUAUUUUCGACGGAUGAGAAGAGAAAUGGUCUUUGGAAAGUUUUCCAAUCUUCGGUUUUGGAGUUUGUUGAGGAUGUGAUCCUUCAUCAGACUGCUUUGACACUCAGCGACGAGAGAAUCGUAAAGCCCGAUGAUGCUGAAGCCAAGUUUGCGAGAGUCUCAGCUACAGCACUUCUAUUGUUUAAUCGCAUUUUGAGCACUGCCUCACCAGAGCAAAUAGCUAAAGAUCGGAUGACCAUCCGGACCAUCCUGAACAGCAAAAACCUCUGGUCAUUCACUCACCAUGCGGACCCGUUUGUUCGAAGAUCAAUCUACAGUUUGCUUCGUUCUUCCUUAGCACAAGUUAUUGAAGACCUGGAUUGGCGAAUGAUCAGCAGCAGCAUUAUAUCGCAAGCUCUACCAACCUCUCAACUGGGAUCUGCUACUGAAUUUUCAGAGACACUCUUGCAGUUAUCGCAGAAUAGACCACAGCUAUGGACCACAGACUUCACUGGAAAGACCGACGCCAGUAAAAGAUUGCAUCAGUAUAUCAAGAGAGGAUCUCAAGGUGCCGCUGAGCUGUACUGGUCAAAUCUGGCUGAACUGUUGCAAGUAAUUCCAACAGAAAUGAUCAACUGUUAUGGAUCAAAAGGAGACAACGAGACACCUCAGAUUGGACUUUCGCAAGCGAAAGCUUUGAUGAACGACUUGUUGACUGGCCUGACUUCUAGGGAUGAGCCUCGACACAACCUUAAGACAGGCUGGGCUGCUUAUUAUGAUAUAGGAAUCUGGCUGUCAACACUUAUUCCAGAGAAUGAAAGAGGCGAACUGGUCACUGAGUUCUUGACGAUGAUUUUCGAUCCCUAUGUCAAUGGCCACGGCGAGCAUCAGUGGAUACCACCAUCCAUUGCCUCAGCAACAUGCACUGUCGCUUUCCUGAGACUUACAAACCAUGGUUAUGACCCAGAAUUGAGGCAAGCAUGGGAAGCUGUUACGCAAAACUUGUUGCAAGCGGUGAAACUAUCUCUACCAGAGCAGUCGAAAGAUUUCAGAUCUUCUCAGGAUGGUAUUUGCACCAAAGCCACGCAAUACUUCAAACUUGAGGCGGCAGUGCUUUGGAAUUUGGCGUCACAGGACAAUAGUAUUUCGAGUCUGUUUGAGGAAAGCAGCUUGCUUUUGCUGAAGGGUUCGUUGCAGGUACUUCAAGCGCGGAAUGGAAAGCCGUACGGUGCGGCUGCAAUUGUGGAAGAAGCUGUUCGUCAUGUUCCAGAAUUUAUCAAAGACUCUAAGGAUGUCAUCAAUGAUAUCAGAGAUGCGAUCCCUCAGCUACUGUCAACGCCGUCUGCAGAUAGAAUCAUGUCAGUGAUCUUAAUGUGCAGUGACUGGGAAGGGUUUGAAUCUGUAUUCAAUGCUUCCCUCGAAACAAUGACUGAAGCAACUCCGCAAAGCUCGGGCGGUGCUGCACUCCAGAAGUUGCUUUCCACGGUCGAUUUCCAAAAAGUUCAAGAAUCGGCGCACUUUGUCUCAAUUGUUUCGUCAAGUGUUGAAAAGGCUAUCGAAGGAAAUUCUUCACAGUGGCCGUUUGUUUUCUCAGUUAUCGAGAAUAAAACAGCACCUAACGAAAUGAUCGACAACAUAGUCACGGUUUUGGUGCACGGAUUGUCGUCGGAUGAGGAGACAGUGAUUUCUACGCUUUCCGGACUAUCUAGCCUUGGAGGAGAAAAGCCAGAAGCCCUCAAACGCCUCCGAAAUGGCAAGGAAGGCUCUAGGCUGGUGGCAAGAUUACUUUAUCUUAUUGACUCGCCGACCGAGGGAAUCAGCCAAAAGGCUGAGGACCUAGAGAAGAAGCUGCGGGAGACUGUAUCGGCGGAUGUCACUUCAGCGUCUACCAGGGAGAUCUUGAAACAUGAAUUACAGGAAGUGGGCCCACAGUCAUUGUCGUUCGAGGUGUUGUCUGGUAUGGCCCGGGACUUAAUUCGGAAUACGGAGUCCAAGGACCUCAGUCCGCUACUCACAGACAUAUUUCCCUCAUAUGAAUUGUGGAAAACAUAUCUAGAACCAUUCUUGAGACUUCCUAUCAGACAUUCCACCUCAAUCAUGAGUCCUUUAGGCGGGACUGUUUACCUUGUUGCAAAUGAUUUACCCGGAACCGGUAGGCAAGACCUAGAGAAUAUACAGAGAGACUCUGAUGAUGCGUCAUCUGUAUUUAGGUUGGCAUAUUAUGUUGUGAGGAUUCUCUCCUCCCAAGAUGUCCUUGUCUCACUGGACGCCAAGCAACGCGAAGGGCUAUUUUACUACCUGCCUCUUGCCCUACAAUUGAUUGACGAUGAUGUCAGUAUCGAAGGCUCGAUAGGAAUUGCUGGACUUGGGCUCUUGGAAGAUAGGAACGAAGCUUUGGAAACUGUUAGUGAGGGGCGCUCUACGAUCAGAAAAUGGAUUCAGUCAGAAGCUCGCCUGGUUGAUGGUAGUCGCAGCGUGUCAGAAGAUCUAUUGGUCUUGUGGGAAGAAAAAGUCGCCGAAUUGGAUAACACGUCACCUGAGAGUUAUCGUAUCGGUCAAGCAUACGCAAAGAUCAUGUCUGAAGCAGAACUAACCAAGACAUCGGAUGCACUUACGAGCCUUGCGCGAGAAAUUAGGAAGUAUAAUCCUAUACGUGCGGCUGCAGAGCUUGCUGUUUGGGGCCCAGCUUUGGCAUCUUCAUCAGCUGGUACCCGGUUAUGCAGUGAGCUGAUUGCAGACGCUACUGGUUUCAAACCUGGCAAAACCUCCGAAGGCCCUAAAAGUAUUGUUUUUUUUAAUAUUCUUGCGCAAAGUAUGAGAGAAAGCCUAGACGCAAUUCCUACCCAGCGUAUGGUGUUCCUUGUCAAGAACCUUGUCUACGUUCUACAGUCUAGCCCAGAUUCGACAAGUGUCAAAACCGAAGCAUUCAAAGCUUUGUCUGUUGUUUUGAGACCUCUUUUUGAGAUAUACGGGUCGCACUGGGCCGAGUCAAUUGACGCAUUGUGCAGCACCUGGACAGAGAUUGGCGGCGGAGACGCAUGGCUACCUCUCUUACAUUCUUCUCUAAGACUUUUCGCCGUCCUUAGGGAUCUCGUCAAGACUGGCGCCAACGACGACUUGACGGAUGCAUGGAAAGAUUACAAGCAGGACCUCUUUGAGAGUCUUAUCUCAACCUUGAACAAGUUGGAUUCUUCAAGUGUUGUCUAUCACCCUCGGGAUAUUACGGCAGAUCUUUUGCGCCGCGAACUUGUACAUGUCCCAAUAGAUUCUCUGACAAACAAAAAUGAAAUGUUCUCGUUGUUGGCAGUCGAAUGUAAAGUCAUUCAGCAGACAGCGUUUGAAUUACUACAUCGGCAUAUCCCACAAGCCCAAGAGCAAGUGUCAUUCGAUGUUGCCUUGUCGAAAACGACUGUCAAUCUUCCAGAUGAGCUGUUGUCUUUACUACUUGAGGUACCUCAAGCGAAUCUUGUCACUUCACUGAGCGACACAAAGACGUGGUUGAGAAUCAGGAGUUACUUGUUGAGUUGGAAACUGGUCUUUGAUCAUUUCUCGAACGCUUCGCUCCCUGUGCAAGAAAAUUACGCCGAGAAUAUCAAAGAGCAUCAGAUUUUGACACCUUUGUUAGAAUUUACCUUUGACUUCCUACAAAAGUCUCACGGAAAACUAGUAGAUGCUUCGAAAUUCGACAUCCGGUCAUGGGAACCGAUUGAGGAUCCCGGCGAGCAAGAUAGUCAGUGGCUCCUGAUCCAUCUUUACUAUCUUUCACUCAAGCACCUCUCUUUAUUCACCAAGAAUUGGUGGAUCGAUAGUAAAAAGCGGAUCAAGGGUCCUGUAGAAACCUGGACACAAAAAUAUAUCACGCCAUCAAUCAUUGAAGACGCACUGACAGGGGUCUCCACAUGGAUUCAGACACAGGAAGAAGAUUAUGAGCGCCCACUUUCCGUCAAGGUCUCACACCGAGCCGCCGAAAUUAUCGCCAGCAUCCCCGUCGAUGAAGACUCUCCGCCGGUAGCAAUGGCAAUUUCCCUUCCGCCCGCCUAUCCACUUCAACCCGCAAUCGUCACAGGCCGAAGCCGUGUUUUGGUUGACGAAAAGAAAUGGCGCAGCUGGAUGUUGAUCAUACAGGGCGUCAUCAUGUUCUCCAAUGGCAACCUCGUGGAUGGCCUUCUUGCCUUCCGAAGGAACGUCCAAGGAGCCCUGAAGGGACAGAGCGAGUGCGCUAUUUGUUAUUCUGUCAUUUCGACCGAUAUGCAGACACCCAACAAGCGCUGCGCGACAUGUAAGAAUGCCUUCCAUUCUGUCUGCCUCUUCCGAUGGUUCAAGAGCAGUAACCAGAGCACAUGUCCCCUUUGCCGAAAUAAUUUCGUGUAUGUUUGA